GAGGGGCUCGGCGGUGCACGUGGUGGGAGGCGCGGCGGGCGGGGGCAUGGCGGGUUCCGCGGGGCUGGCGCUGUGCGGGCAGGCGCUGGUGGUGCGGGGCGGCAGUCGGUUCCUGGCCACCUCCACUGCGAGCAGUGAUGAUGACGUCCUCUUCACGUAUGAUUGCAGCACUGCAGAAAAGAAGUUGGAAGAGAAUAAAGGGGAGGACGGGCAGCCCGUGGAUAAGGGGAGUGACAUGAUUCUGGCGUCCACCUUCUCCAAGUCUGGCAGCUAUUUUGCUUUAACUGAUGACAGUAAGCGUCUGAUUCUUUUCCGUACAAAACCAUGGCAAUGUCUGAGUGUCAGGACCGUGGUGAGGAGGUGCACGGCCCUGACGUUCAUGGCCUCAGAGGAGAAGCUUUUGGUGGCCGACAAGUCUGGGGACGUUUAUUCCUUUUCAGUGGUGGAGCCACAGGGAUGCGGCAAGCUUGAGCUUGGGCACCUGUCGAUGUUGUUGGAUGUGGCCGUGAGUCCCGACGACCGCUAUGUCCUCACCGCCGACCGGGACGAGAAGAUCCGGGUCAGCUGGGCCGCGGCGCCGCACAGCAUCGAGUCCUUCUGCCUCGGGCACACAGAGUUUGUGAGCCGCAUCUUCGUGGUGCCCGACCACCCCGAGCUGCUAUUGUCCUCCUCUGGGGACCGCACCCUGAGGCUCUGGGAGUAUCGGAGUGGCCAAGAGCUGCACUGCUGUCACCUGACCAGCCUGCGGGAGCCGGCGGAGCCGUGGGCCGACAAGAGGUUCGCCACAUCCAGGAUCACUUACUGGUGCCAGGAGGGCUGCGUGGCACUGCUGUGUGACUGUAUUCCUGUUGUCUACAUCUUCCAGCUCGAUGCCCACAGACAGCAGCUGGGUUACAGACAGCAGCUGGCUUUUCAGCACAGAGUGUGGGACAUUGCUUUCGAGGAGGGCCAGGGACUGUGGGUCCUGCAGGACUGCCGGGAAGCCCCCCUUGCGCUCUGCAGGCCUGUGGACGGCUGGUGGCAGGCUGUUCCUGAAAAUGCCGCCUUAAAGAAGGUCUCCGCCUGUCUUCGGGGGAAUUGGGCCAUGCUGGAAGGUGCGGCCGGCGUGGACGUGGGCUUCAGCGGUCUCUACAAGGCCACCUUUGACAACGUGACGGCCUACCUGAGGAAGAAGGAGGAGAGGCUGCAGAAGCGGCGGCAGAACCCGCCCCCGGGGCCCAAUGGGCAGGCCAAGAAGACGAAGCCAGGGGAGGCGUCCCUGAGGUGCUCGUCCUAGCUGCGCCGAGUGCGUUCGCCCCCUCCCGGCCGGAGGCCCCCUUUAGGAGGCAGAAGGGGGAUGUCGCUUCCGACCCACGCUUGGUGACAGUCCGGUCCGCACCAGCUCAGCACACACGUGGGCCGUCCCGGAGAACGGGUGGGUGUCCUGGGCUCUAGAACUUUCUUCCACUGUGCAGAGGCUCCCCUGCCUGGCGUCUUGGGCGCCCCCUGGCUGAAGGGAAGCUGUGCUGCGUGUGACUCAGCUAGAGAAACUACAAGUGAGUAGUGCAAGUGCCUGGAAGCACUGUUCAUGUUGGAGGAAAUCGGAACACGCUGUGGUGGCUGUCGGUGUCGCACUGUUCCCGUAACGCUGGACGCCUUUUCCUCCGGCAAGAUGCACAUGCCGAACGUGUUUGUGGCAGCGUGAUAGACACGCUCUGUCCCCGGGUCACCCUCUGGACGGUGUCCUGCGCUGUCCGACACGGGGGCCGCUGGCCAUGGGGUGGAGGACUCCGUUCCUCCGUCAGCACCUGCGCUGCCCCCGUGCUGGGUCCCUGCGUGGCGAGAGGUGCCCGCUCAAGAAGUGCGGCUGCUGCCAAUGUGAUGCGGGCUCGGUGGGGGCGCAGGGCCCAGCCUCGGCUUCUUUCGGGGUGUGCGAGGACCCGGGAGCCCUGGCUGUAAUGGAGUUCUGCAGGGAAAUGGUCGAGGCCGUCACGCGCGGGUGUGAUUUCCCUGUGAGCUCCGUGCACACGAUGCAGACACCGGGGGUGUCAAGCGAAUUCUAAUCACUGCUCAAUAAAGAUGAGCUCGUGCAGCUUCUGGACACGUGUAGCCCCAGCAUCGGGAACUGAUUUCAAAAUACACUGAGCGAAACCGUUUUUGAUGCGUGCACUGUUUGUGACUGAAACGUUGACCCCCUAAAAUGAAGAAGCAUUUCUUUGGUGGUUGGGCUUCGUAGUUGCCUCUGCUGCUUUGGUUAUCUGUGCUUCUGCCCGCUUCCCAGUGAGUGGUCUCGAAUACGGAAAACCCGUGUGUGUCCGCGAUGACCUCGGUGAGGGGUUUUUUGGGAUACGAGAAACAAAUGCUUUUGUGUAUCAGAAGUGAGAAUGCUUUAGCUUUUCCUAAGUGCCUUGUUUUGCUGUACACAUCGAUCCGAAAACAGUGCUGUGUUUGAACUGCUCAGGGUCCCUUCCCACAAGGGCAGAAGUGUUUUGUUCAAGGAGCAGAGGGGGUGUGCCUGGGGCAGGACGGGGUGCUGGGGCCCAGGUCCUCCUGGUAGGAACCUCGUUAGCACUGCCCUGGGCACAGGCAGAGUUCUCUUUGACAAUCUGCUUUGAAACUUUUGGCUUUAGGAGAAACUUAGGUUUGGUCUUUUUGGUGUCUUGUAAAGUGACCUGCAGGCCUGGUUUUGUACGGCCUAUGAGCUUGGAAUGGCUUUUAUGUUUUUAAAUGGUUGAAAACAAAUCAAAAGAAAAAAAGUAUUUCACGGUGUGUGACAGUCAUAUGCAAUUCAAAUUCCAGUGUCCUUAAAUAAAAUUUUAGUGGGACACAGCCAGCCUGUUUGUUAGGUACCAUCUCCGUCUGUUUUGUGCUCUAGCAGCAGAGUGGGCCAGUUGCCACAGAGACCAAAUGGCCGGCAGAGUCCAGGGUAUUUAUGAUCUAGCUCUCACGGAGAAGUUUGUCAAUCCUUCUUUAAGAUCCCUUUUAAAUAUGUAUAGUGUGUUUUUUUUUUUUUUUUAGGAUUCUAUGUAUUUAUUUGAAAGAGAGACACAGCGAGAGAGGGAACACAAGCAGGGGGGCUGUGAGAGGGAGAAGCAGGCCUCCCGCUAAGCAGGGACCCCAAUGCAGGGCUCGAUCCCAGGACCCUGGGAUGAUGACUUGAGCUGAAGGCCGAUGCUUAACGACUGAGCCACCCAGGCGCCCCAUUAAAAGACAGAACAAACCCUAUUCUUCUGUGUUCACGUUGAUCUUCUUUCUCACCAAACGUUCAUUCGUGUUCUCUGUGGGCAGGUGUCUUUGUAAAACAGGGCCAGGUUGGGAGGGGUCCCUGGGUCUCCUGGCUGGAGCUGGGGGGGUGUGUAAGGCGGGGCCUCUUGCACUUAAUGGUGAGACUCAAACAUGCCUGUCAGUACGAGGCUGUGCCGAGCAGCCCAUCAGGAUCAGAACGGAGUAGGAGGGGGACCACGGGCAUCACCAUCUUUCCUGUGGUUGCUUUCAAAUUGCUUUCAUUCUUUUUUUUUUUUUUUAAGAUUUUAUUUAUCUGACAGAGGGACACAGCCAGAGAGGGAACACAAGCAGGGGGAGUGGGAGAGGGAGAAGCAGGCUUCCCGCGGAGCAGGGAGCCCGAUGCGGGGCUCGAUCCCAGGACCCCGGGACCAUGACCUGAGCCGAAGGCAGACGCGCAACGACUGAGCCCCCCAGGCGCCCCUGAAUUGCUUUCAUUCCUGUCACGGUCACGCGUGCACGUGAUGGAGACCGAACUCUCUUGGCCACAACCAGUUGUGACAGUGACCCGCUCUGUGCCCUUCUCCCCAUCCCCAGUCUGUCUCCCACCUGCUGCUUUCAGCUCGUUUCUCGUGUUCAUCGUGGUACAGCCCACGUCCUCCGCGAGCCCCAGGACUGCCGACCGCAGAGAUCACGCCGGCCGAUGGGCCGUACUCCGUUGGCCCGUCGGCGCCUCUGUCCUGUCUGUUUCAGGGCACGCCGACUCGGGCCCGGCCGCAGGUGGGGGUGGGAGGAGGGAGCACGGCACCCCCUGCCACCGCAGCAGCCUUCCCCGGGGGGCGGCACCCGUUUGGGGCAGAAGUGGCCUCCUGGUCCCGAAACCCUGUCCAUGCCUCUGGAAUGAGUCCCUCCCUAAGGUGAGGGAGCCGUGUUCUCAGGGACCCUGACUGGUAACUAGUCCAUACCCGGAGGCCCCCAGCUGCCUCAGACGUUUUUUUUUAGGUUGGUCGCUCUGAACCCCGACCUGUGAUGACUGCUCGCUGUGUUUGAAGGCUUUUACGUCUCAUGCCCACUUUCUCCCGUGACUGACUCGCUGAGCUCAAAGCAGAGCCUUUUGUUUGUGGUUUCAUAGCUGCUGACCAGCUAUGGGAGCCAAGGAUUGAGCUUCCUCACACACCUUUUUAUUUAAUUUUACUUAUCUCCUAUUUUCCGUUUUUUUCUUCGUUUUUGUGUGUUUUACAUUUUGGGGAGAUUCCUUGGGUCUGUUUCAAUUCAUUUAUUUAGUUUUUAAAAGAUUUUAAGUGAGCUCUGUGCCCAACAUGGGGCUCGAACUUAUAACUCUGAGAUCAAGAGUCACACGCUCUACCAACUGAACUAGCCAGGCACCCCCCAGCUCAUGUGUUGACUUAAAAAAUCUGGUUGUCGUGGGGCGCUUGGGUGGCUCACUCAGUUGGAUAAGCAUCCGACUUUUGAUUUCGGCUCCUGUCACGAUCUCGGGGUCGUGAGAUGGAGCCCUGUGUCGGGCUCUGUGCUCAGCAGGGAGUCUGCUUGAGAUUCUCUCUCUCCCUGUCCCUCUGCCCCUCCAGUCGCACGCGCCUGCAUGCGUGAGCACUCACGUGUGUGCACCCUCUCUAAAUAAAUAAAAUCUUUUAAAAUCUGGUUGCCCUGUUUCUUAAUUCUCAGCACGUUCUUGGUUUGCGUGCAUUUUGAUGUAGCUACAGCUGGAAGGUGCAUGUAGAAUGCACCAACUAGACGGCCACCAGCUGAAUGCACGUGUGUGCCGUGCCCACCAGAAACAGCUGAGGGGCACCUCCCCCCACUCCCCCAGGCCAGGCCAGCAGGAGGCUUGCCUUGUGUUGCUUCAGGCCACUUUGGCUCAGCUCCUCUGGUGACAGUCAUCUGCACUGGGGCUUCGGGUGCUAGAUGGUUCGCUCUAGUUGCGUAGUGUUCCCACAGCAGCAUGUCCGUUCUGUCAGUGCGCUUUGGAAUAGUUUCCAGAUUUUGGCUGCGGUGAACAUUCUGGUCCUUAAUAUGUAAACAUUUCUGUUAGGUACCUACUCAGGAGAACUGCUGGCUCUUACUUCUGUAGAUGUUUCGUCUCGAUGGUACUGCCUGGCCUUGUUACUUCAGACCCUCCGCUGUGGACUGUAAAAUUCGGUGCGUUCUCAACACUCAGCAUUUGGGUGGUGGUGGUGUUCAAUUUUGCAAAGGCACAAACUCGGGAGUUAUGGCCCUGGGGUGUGGGAGCCGGUGAAGCUGCCCACCUCGCAUCCAGACUGAAAUUUGAUCUUGUUCUCUGCAAGGGCACCUUAAAGAAACGCUUGGAUCCCCUGCUCUGGGGGGCUGUCAGCCACAGGCGAUGAGGAUGCUCAAGCAGCCCGUGAAGAGGCUGACAGGGCCAAGGAGCCGAGGUCUCUUGCCAGUAGCCAGCAUCGACUGGCCGGCCUGAGCGAGCCGUUCCGGAGGCGCCUCGCUCUGAUGCCGAUCUAGAACGCUGUUGAGUUUCCUACAGCACUUGCCUGAACCCUGGAUGUGUUGACAUAUGUUUUUCUAACUUCCCUUGUGAUUUCUUUGAUCUGUGGAUUAUUUGGAAGUGUCGUUGAGUUUUAUAAACAUUGAAUUUUUCCGGAUUUUUGUUGUUACGGAUUUCUUGUGUUAAUUCCAUUGUGGUCUCAGAGUAUACUUUGAUUUCACUCCUUUUAGAUUCGUUGAGCCUUGUAUGCCGUACAGCACGGUGGUUAUCACGCACAUACUUGACAGGCGUGCGUGUUCUGUAGUUGUUGGCCGGAGGGUGCUCACGUGGCGUGGUUGGGUCCAGUUGGUGAUGGUCUUGGUUGUCCUUAGCUGGACGAACACUGUCGUCCUCCUGAUUUUUGUGGUCUUCUAUCGAUUACUGAAAUCCGUAUUUAAAUGUUAAGUGUGGGUUUGUCUAGCUUUCUGUGUCCCACUGGGUUUUGCCUCAUAUAUUUAAAAAUUCUGACAUUAGUGCCUCCUCACCGAGGAGUGUGACAUCAUCUUGUUGAAUGACCUCUUCACGGUUAUGAAACGUCCCUUUUCAUCCCUAGGUCUGUCUUGUUCUCAGGUUUGGAUGAUUGAUGCUAACACAGACGCACAUUUUGUCAGUGAGUGUUAGUGGGACCUCUUUCCCACCCCUUUGCUUUUCUCCGAUGUGUGGAUUUAUAUUUAAAGUGGGUUUGUUGGGGCGCCUGGGUGGCUCAGCCGGUUAAGAGUGUGUGA